AUGCAGCAACUCUAUAUUCCUGAUUGGAUUACACAAGUCGAAUCCGUCAUGGGUAGCCAAAUGGUGGUUAUCAUUGAUGAUGACGAACCCGAGGAUCGAGACAUGGUCAGCCAACUCUUCACUCCUUCUACAUCGUUUGCAGAUGAGCAACUCGAGAAUGAGAACUCGACUGUAUUUCACAUGCAAGAUCCUUACGAUGCCCAGCGAUUGACACGUUGGCUCGGCAAGUUCGACAACAUCCAAGACAAAGAGGAAGCCAUUCUACCAUUCUCGGCACUCCCGCAACUCCCUGAUCGUACGAGAAUGUCACACAGACCGGAGAUGUUCCGUGACAUUGUUCUGUCUGACAAAAGCCUUGUUCUGCCACCAAUGCUAGACAGAAUGGAAGCAGGAAUUGAUUCGGAAAAGAUGAAAGAAUGGACUCCACAUUGGGCUAAGGAGCUCCAGAGACUACAGAAACAACAACAUCAUUCCGAGCUUCACAACCAAAACGUCAAGUCACCUAAGUCACCGCGAGCUCGACCAGCAACUUAUCGUACCAAGCAAGCCAAAGACUUCAGAACUAUGGUAGCAAAUGAGUUACUUUCGGGUUACAGCAUCGAGGCUUUCCUCAAAUUGCCAGUGAUGGAAAGAUUGGCAACAUACCGUGACAAGCUAGAGGCUCCGGGCAUGAUCGAGAUAUGCGACCCCUCGACUAUCAGCACCGACCUAGCAACGCAUUGUAUCGCUUCGAGCUCCAACCAACACGCCCGUUCGUUUUUGGUUGCCUCGGCUCUCGGCCUUCUACCACCCAAAUCUCAGGAAGUAUGGCGAGAGGCACAGCGCCAUNUUUGGAAAAACAACGUCUUUGUUGUCAAUGCAUUGCAUCUUGAAGCUGUGCUCAAUGGUCUCAAUGCUCGUAUCAAGGGUUAUUUAGGCAUGAUCCAUAUCGAUCUAGAGGCUCUAGACGACAUGGACAAUCUAGCCUGCUACGAUCCCUCGCACUUGAACAGUAACAACAACCAGACUCUCGAAGCUAUACGCCAGCAAAACCAAGAUCUAAGGCGCCUCAUGCAGGAGUGUUAUAACCUGGCUUGGGCAAGAAUCCACGUACACAGUGAGUGGCUUCAAGGUGAUAUCCACGACCUAGCAAAGGCACACCGGGGCUGCCAAGCUCUCAAAGAUCAGCAAGGAUCGUGUCGACACAUCCUUCAAUACAACAAGCUCUGCAUGAAUGCUCAACGACGGGUGGAGCAUCUUACGUGGUUGUUUUGCAGUUCUCUGAAGUGCAAAGAGAAGACCAUCUUUGUCGAUGUUGAGCAUGUUGGCCUCGAUGGCGCAACGAAGAUCCUUGAGGUUCAGAUCGACCACGUGAAGCUUGACGAGGUCGACAAGAAGAUUCGACUGGCCCUAGAACAGAAAACGCAGAAGGAGAAGGAACGACGGGAAAAGCUGCGGUCAUCGAAGAAGCCAGCUGUUGAGAAGUUCAAUGGUAUAGAUGUGAUCGACUUGACUUGA